AUGUCUAACUCAGGCAAAUUUAGUACUGCAUCCACUGGAUCCCCCCAUUCCUUUCAAGGUCCAAACCAAGGGCAGGGUUUACCACAGCCCCGUCAAGGCAUUACUAUCCAGCUGACCAAAGUGCACAGUGAAGACAACUGGGAGGAAUUAGAGGAGAGUGAUCUCAUCUUUACCCUGGAUCAAGAUGAAGAGGAGGCCUUGCUGGCAAAUCCAGUACCCAACAAAGCCAGAGGUCCUGUGUAUGGGCAGCCAGUGGGGAAAGAAGGAACUGUGGUCGAUGAGCUAGCUCUCGCUGCAUAUGAAUGUGCAGGUGAUGUUCUCCUGUCCAGUGAAAUCCAGAAAUGUAGUUCUCCAUUGAUGCCAAGCUCACCCUCUUCUAAACCUCUCAUCAACCUGGUCAAGUCUGUCUCUACUGAAAUUGAUGCCAAGGAUCCUUCUCCUCACAAACCCCAUCCAUUUGUCAACCUAGUCAAGUCUAUCUCCACUGAAAUUUCCCGACUUGAACCAGAGGUAUCGCAGUCCAAGUCAGACUCUAAGCUGAACGUUCAUCUGUGGAAACAGAUAACCCAGCCCAAGAGCAAAAAUGGAGACUCUAGGACAGCUCCAUCCUCACCUAGCUUGUCACCUUCUGAAAGCAAAGGUAUGUUUUUUAAUGUACAGGAAGUAGAAGCCAAACUGGAGGACACCAAGAGGAGGUUGUCAGAAGCCAUGCAAGAACCUUUAAGCAUGCUUAGCAAAAUUAUCGGUGAGGAGCCAACACCGAGCCCCAAAUAUAGAACUAUGCCCCCAAUGUUUUCUAGCCAGGAGUCCCCAACAAAUCAACAGAGGGACCAAGGUUUUUUUGAUACAAAGAACAGUUUUCCAAGUUAUGGAAAGUUAGAAGAAAGUGAAAACCUGGAGUUUAUGGAGAAUUCCAGAAGUGUUCAUCGAGAGGCACCUAAAAACUACUGCAAAUAUAAGAUCUGCUCCUAUGGGGACAUGAUCCAAGUUGUAGAACUAGCCAACGAUGUAGAAUCAGAAGAUCAUAAUUUAUUGGAGCCUGCAACCUCUUGCCAAACGACCCAUCAUAACAAUGAUGUGCCAUGCAGUGCCCUGGUCUGCGUAGCAAUCCUAGCUUACAACUUCUUCAUUUGGCCCCUGCCAGCCUAUAUAUCUGGACUCCUCAUGGGUAUUACUAGUGGGUUUCUCCUGGGACUUUUUAUGGUGCUUUUGUUGGUCCCAAAGCCUUCCUACUCCUCCAGACACAAGAGAUGCCUGCGGGAAAGUUCAAAAUUCCAGUUGGCAGCUCCAAAAGUCCAGGAACCCUGUGUCUUUCAGGGCUGGAUGAAUGAGAUAUAUUUCUCUACGAUCCUGAGACGUAUCACCCAGCGCUCACACACUCCGUGUUUGUAACCUUGGAAGGGACAACCCUAAAACGUAGCUAUCCAAAGAGCAAUCUGCCUCGAAGAUCAACCUUUGGAGAAGAGAUUCCAGAAGCCACAUUCAUCAGUCAUGAGAUCAGUGAGCUGACCGGUGCUCAGGUGUUUUUGUUUCCAUAUGGGCUGGCCAAGAAGAGACUAUGGAACAAGAAAUACCCAAUAUGCAUCCAGCUGUGUAAUGCUGAAGAUCUCCAUAGCCAAGAACAAGGGGAUGAUGAAGAGACUCCAAGGCAGGAAAGAGAAGAGUCAGAGAAGAUUGCAGGAGAAUGCAAGGCUGGGACUUUAUAUUUGUUUGGGAGGACAGGGAGAAGCAAGGAAGAGUGGUGCCAACAUCUACUCCGAGCCACCCAAGGGUCUAUGGCUGGAAGACAAGAUGGCACUAGAAGCGACAGCAGAACAGGGUCUGGGCCUCAUCCAUUGUCCAGCUCGGGCAGCUUGGGGGGAACCAGCAACAGUAGCACAGAGAGUACAGAGGACAUUCCUUAUCUGCUGAAACCCAGAGAAUUGUCAGGGAAUGUCAGGCAGAAAAUCCUCCUGGACUACAACAGUUACAUUGCCUGCUUCAUUCCACCAGAGACCAUAAGUCCCAUUCCCAGCCCUCAUCAGAGCGCAACCAGCAGCCCCACCCCUCGGAGAAAGCAAUUCGUAGAACGUUCUCUCUCCAGCAGCCCUAAUGUGUGCUGGGUAAACGCCUUCAUCGGACGCAUCUUCUGGGAUUUCCUCAGAGAACAAUACUGGGAGGACAUUGUGGCCAAUAAAAUCCAGAAAAAACUAACAAAGAUCAAGCUGCCAAACUUUAUGAAUGACCUGACCCUAACAGAACUGGAUAUGGGGACAUCGCUUCCUCAAAUACUGUCUACCUCCAACCCCAGUGUGAAUGAGAGAGGUUUGUGGAUGGAUAUGGAAGUUUCCUACAGUGGAUCUUUACAAGUGACAUUAGAAACCAAGAUGAAUUUAUCCAAGCUGGGGAAAGACUCGGUGAUGGAGGAAGGUGGACUGCCCGCGAGCCGUAGAGAGGGGGCAAUGAUGCCAAGAGCCAGGAUUUUCACUGAUAGUGACGAAGAGUCCUCAAGCGCUGGCUCAUCAGAAGACGAAGAGAUCCCAGCAGUGGAAACACAGGGAACUCCAGGAGAUAGAGCUAACCCAAAUAAUACUGACAGCUUCCCAGGUGGGAACAGUACCAGCCGCAAGAUUCUUCGCUUUGUAGAUAAGAUCGCUAAGUCUCGAUACUUCCAAAGGGCAACAGAAAAUGAGUACAUUAAAAGGAAGAUGGAGGAAAUGUCCAAUACUCCUCUGCUGCUGACUGUGGAGCUCCAGGAACUGGAAGGAACCCUGGCCAUCAAUAUCCCCCCUCCCCCCACUGACCGCAUAUGGUACAGCUUCCGAUCACCGCCACAAGUGGUGGAGAUGAAGGUUGUCCCAAAGCUUGGAGAGAGAGAAGUCACAUUUAUACAUGUCACUGAGUGGAUAGAGAAGAAACUGCAAGAUGAGUUCCAGAAAAUCUUAGUGAUGCCAAACAUGGAUGACUUAUACUUUCCCAUAAUGCAGUCUGCAGUGGAUAAUACCGGGCCAACACAAAGUGACCCCUCCAAGCCAGGACCUCUAUGA